AUGACAAGCAAGACCCGGGGAAAGGGAGUGAGGCUGACGGGUGGCAAGAAGGCCAAGACCGCCAAGGGUAAGCGCGUUCUCGACGCCAAGGCCCCGCUGAUCGUCGAGAACCCCAAGUCCGCGAUCUUCCUGCGUGGUAUCCAGACCAACGAGGUGUCUCUCGGUGCCCUGCGCGACCUGUACUCCCUGAAGAAGCCGAAUGCCGUCCUCUUCAGCCGCAAGAACCAGAUCUCCCCCUUCGAGGACGCCUCCUCGCUGGAGUUCUUCUCCGAUAAGAACGACACCUCUCUUUUCUGCCUGGCCUCCAGCAACAAGAAGCGCCCGAGCAAUCUGGUCUUCGGUCGGUUCUUCAACCACCGCCUGAUGGACAUGAUUGAGGUUGGCAUCACGAACUUCAAGUCCAUCCAGGAGUUCAAGUCCUCGACCAUCGGUGUGGGUGGCAAGCACAUGUUCCUCUUCAACGGCCAGGUGUUCGAUGUCAACCCCCAGAUGCGUCUGUUCAAGGAGAUUAUCCUCGACUUCUUCCGUGGCGAGGCCAUCGACCAGGUGGAUCUGCGCGCUCUGACCACUUCAUCUCGCAACAAGAUCUUCUUCCGCGUGUACACCGCGCAGCUCAAGAAGUCCGGCCAGCGCCUGCCGCGUGUGGAGCUCGAGGAGAUGGGUCCGUCCAUGGAUCUGGUCCUCCGCCGGCACAAGGAGGCUUCGGCCGAGGUGCGCAAGGCCGCCCUCAAGGUCAACCGGACCCUGCAGCCGAAGAAGGAGAAGAACGUCACCAAGGACGACAUCGGCUCGUAUGGUCGCAUCCACAUGGAGCGCCAGGAUCUGUCGCAGCUGCAGACCCGCAAGAUGAAGGCCCUCAAGAAGCGCCCUUUGGCCGACACCGAGCCCGAGACCGGUGCCAACGAUGCCGAGGGUGGCGAUGCCUUCGCCGACGAGGGUCAGAGCGAUGGCCUGAGCAAGGGCGAGCGCCGCAAGCGCCGGAAAGCCCUGCUGGAGGGCAUCGACGACUAA